CAGAAUCGGUUGUGGUUGCAACAGAGUGGUUGCCAAGCAACACACAAACGUAAACAAAGGUGUAUGUUUGUGGAGUAAUUUAAAACAGCUUGGAACGCGGCUCAAUCAGUCAAAAACAUUCCCAGUUAAAUGCAUUUCAGCUACUUUUCGUGUUUGCCUGCUCACUGUAGCCCUCCGUACUGUCUCACAGUUAUGUUUGGACAAGCAGAAGUGUGAGUUUAAUCUUCAGUUCCUCGGUAUCCAACAUUCAAAGCAUGUCCAGUGGUCUGAGCUCCGCUCCGCGCUGCUGCUCCUCGCGGGAUCGAGCGUGGGUCCGGGUUUGCAUGUGACGUCAGGGCCCGGUGACGUCAGAGCCAGUGUCUGUCUGUGUGUUGCUCUUCCCACAGGCUCUUCGGCCAGAAGUUAUUAGUCAGCUCGGGACGAGGCAGUUUCCCAUUCCAUUUCCUCAUCUGUAGGCUUCUGCCUUAACCCUCCUGUAUGGUGGAUAUUCUACCCCAUCCUUCUUUCUUGGGUGAUAUGGGGGAUCAUUCAAAAAAGAAGUCUGGGAUCGCCAUGUGUGUAGGCUGUGGAAGUCAGAUCCACGAUCAGUACAUCCUGCGAGUGUCCCCGGACCUGGAGUGGCACGCAGCCUGUCUGAAGUGCGCAGAGUGCAGUCAGUAUCUGGACGAGACGUGCACUUGCUUCGUCCGGGACGGAAAGACUUAUUGCAAGAGAGAUUACGUACGGUUAUUCGGGAUCAAAUGCGCCAAAUGUAACGUCGGUUUCUGCAGCAGUGACCUGGUGAUGAGGGCCCGGGAUAACGUCUAUCACAUGGAGUGUUUCAGAUGCUCGGUGUGCAGCAGGCAUCUGCUCCCGGGAGAUGAGUUCUCUCUGCGGGAAGAGGAGCUGCUCUGCCGCGCGGACCACGGGCUGCUGCUGGAGCGCGCUGCAGCCGGGAGCCCCAUCAGUCCCGGGAACAUUCACUCCAGCAGGCCCCUGCACAUCCCAGGUAAACCUGUGCCAGUCCGACAGCCACCUCACCGGAACCACGUUCAUAAGCAGUCUGAGAAGACCACGCGCGUGCGGACAGUAUUAAACGAGAAGCAGCUUCACACUCUCCGGACGUGUUAUAACGCGAACCCGCGACCGGACGCGCUGAUGAAAGAACAGCUCGUGGAGAUGACCGGCCUGAGCCCACGCGUCAUACGAGUGUGGUUUCAAAACAAACGCUGCAAAGACAAGAAGAGGUCCAUUCUUAUGAAACAACUCCAGCAACAGCAGCACAGCGACAAAACGAAUCUUCAGGGUCUCACGGGGACGCCUCUGGUGGCAGGCAGCCCGAUUAGACAUGACACCACAGUGCAGGGAAAUCCUGUAGAAGUUCAGACCUAUCAGCCGCCGUGGAAAGCCUUAAGCGAGUUCGCCUUACAGAGUGACCUGGACCAGCCUGCUUUCCAACAGCUGGUGAGGACUGCCACCCCCGAGCAGUUAUUACCAGGUGUCAUUUUCCGAGUCGGGUUCGCUGGGUAACUCGUCUGGUAGUGAUGUGACCUCUCUGUCAUCGCAGUUACCCGACACCCCCAACAGCAUGGUGCCCAGUCCCGUGGAGACGUGAGAGCCCACCGGAGGACUCCCGCCCCAGCAUGCCCUCACCCGCCCUGCAUGAAAACCCAUCACCUCACCGCCUCAAACGGAAAAGGGAUUAACCGAGAUGGAUUUAAACAGUUUGCCAAACGGAGGAGCCCGUCCAAGCGACUUUGGGGUUUCCAGACGUGUUACAACACUGUUUUUAAAGCAUUUGGACCGCAGAUCGAGGACGUCCAGCGGAAUAUGAACACGUUAUUUUGGUUUUGAUUAUGGACCACUGUCAGCCUUACGAAACAACAGUCUUAACAGUGUUUAUUCAAGACCAUCAUUGUGUAGCUUUAUCAGCAAGUGGUGUUUUCCUCAUAAGACAAAAAUCAACGGUUUUGUCUCAAUGCGCAUGAUCUCUCCGAAGAUGUAUUAAAACUGAGCUGUAAAAUAUUUUAUCCUAACGAAUGGAGCAAAGAUUGUGUAAACUUCUCGAUUUAAAAAAAAAAAAAAAAGUAAGUUAUUGUUAUUUAUUGUGAGGACAACCGUCCAUACCAAAAAGUGAGAAAUUACCUAAAUAAACGACGUUAAAUGCUGUUUAUGUCUGAGGAAGCCUGCAUGCAAAAACAACCAUAUCAUGUUACCUUUACAUAUCUUUUUAUAUUAUAACAAGAGACACUUCAGUUACAAAGGUAUACUGGUUACUGGACUGGAAAUAACUGUCCAAAGAUCUAGUAAAAAGAAAAAGAGCAAUGUGAACAGAAUUAAAUAGUGAAUGAC